AUGCAGACCGGCACCCGGCCUGCGACUCCGCGACGCGUCAAGAGCUUUAGAUCCGCCGCGGGCAAGCUUGUGCGCUCCACCAGGGCGCUUGCUACAAUCCCGAUCUGCUACUACCACCGCGGACACCCGAAAUUCCACAUCGUCCCGCCCUUCCGGGGGUGUCGCAAUACUGCUGCAAUACCCCGAGCCCGUGUUUUAGAGGCGGACGUCAGGAGAAAGACAGCUUGUACCACCCCCGUUCUAGGCAGUCAUCUGUAUCUGUUCGGCUUGGGGUGGCUUUGCGGGUGGUAUUGUGGUGGCGGGUGGCGCGUUAGUGUGGGAUAUGGGUUAGGUGAUGCAGGUCAUAUACUUGUGGGGGCUUUGUUGAGUGUCGUGAGGUCGGUUUUGAUAGUGGGGAGCCAUCAUGCUGGCUUUGGAGGUCGGAUGCGGUGCCUGGGUUGA